AUGUCUCUUGCAUCCAAGGUCUUUGGCAUUACGGGUGGUGCCUCAGGCAUGGGGUUGGCCACGGCCCGCUUACUGGCGUCGAGAGGAGCUCGUGGCAUAAGCAUUCUGGACUACAACGAUGGCAAUUUUGAACAAGCUAGGAAAGCCAUCGCAGCUUCUAAUCCAUCCACCAAAGUGCACACUUUCAAGGCUGAUGUUUCCAAGUCUGCGGAGGUGUCAAACUGGGCCAAGGCGGUCGUUGCCGAGUUUGGCGCUUUCGAUGGAGCUUUGAACGCAGCCGGCGUACCACAGAAGGGUCCCGAGCCUGGAGAGCUUGCAAUUCUUACUGAGACGGAGGAUCAAUGGAAGCGGAUCUUGGCUAUCAACUUGGACGGUGUUUACUUUUCAAGUCGCGAGGAGUUCAAAGUCAUGAAAGACCUGCCCGGCCCAAAGACGAUCGUCAAUAUCGCUAGCAUUGCCGCGGAUAAUCACCCAGGUAGCGCAUACGCAUACUGCACUUCGAAAGCUGCCGUAAAGUAUUUUACGAGAAGCUUAGCGAAAGAGUUGACUCCGCUUGGCAUCAGGGUCAACGGCAUUCAGCCAGGACCGAUCGACACGCCAAUGCUGAAGCAUUUCGUGCCCGACAAUCUCGAUCGCAACCCAUUGGCGGGAAUGGAGACCGGUACUGCAGAUGAGGUGGCGCACACGGCUGCCUGGCUGCUGAGCGAGGAUUCAAAGAAUGUGUCAGGUGUACACGUCGUGGUUGGCUCCGGUAUGCCGUAG